UGUGCUGCUCUAAGCCAGAGAUGUAUAUAUACUGUCAGCCGCUAUAAAGCGGCUGAUUUAAAUUCUCUAUUCAAAGUUCCCGCCUUCAAAUUAGCAUCCACGCCAUUUUUCCUCGACGGGAGCGCCAUCUUCGGUAAAGGUAGAGCUAGCGUUCACGUUUCGAUUUCGGUCUGGCUAUUUUACCAUAUAAAUACGAAAUUUUCGUAUUUGUGAGCAACAGUGCCCCAAAAGCAUCCUCAACACUGUGAGCCCCAUGUGCAAUUUUGAUAAUGAGUUCAGAUUUUCCCUGUGAAGUGAAGCCAGCCGAAAGAUAGUGACAUCAAAAGUGACCUGCAUAACGUGAACUCUAGAUACAAUGUUAUAGGUGCAUAUUGGGAUAAUUUUGAUGUUAUUUCGUGUACCGCGGCUGGAAAAUGGAAGAUCCGAAGCAAACCGAUGAGCUGGUGACUCCUGAAACCGCAGAGGUGUCCCCUGAAGAUGAAAAAGUGGCUGAAAAGGAGGCAACUGAAAAAGACGCCGAUAAAAUGGACCCCAACCCAGAAACAGUAGCAACUGAAAAUGGAAACUCGCUGUUGCAGACAAGCACAGAAAGUGCUACAUCACUUGACGCAAGCAUGGAAAACGAUGCACUAUUUGAGACGAGCGCAGAAAGUGCAGCACUACUUGAAACAGACACCAAAAAUGAUGCCACAAAUGAAACAACCACAGAACAGACCGCGCUACUUGAAACAAACAUAGAAAGUGCCACACCUGAGGUUACUCCUGCCGCAGAAAUAACCGAGGAACCAGCAAAGGCUCCUGAGCCGCCCGGUGAGCCUGUUGAGAAAGUACAGGAGCAGGAAAAAGUAGUGAGAGCCACCAGGAGCACCAAGCGGAAAGUCAACGAGAUUGAUUGCAAUGAUAACUCAAAAGAUGCCCCCAGCCAUGAGACAUCCGAGCAGAAGGAAAAUGUCGUUUCAAAGAAGAAUGAAAACACACAAAAUAGUAACACCCAAACCCAAGAAAUCUCUUCGCAUGAUCCACUAUCAAGCACUGAAGUGAUGGGCAAAGGCAAAAGAGCGCGUAUUCCAAACAAACGGUACAGUGAUAUUGUGCUGUCGCCAAAUAGGCGAGGAUUUAAAGCUACCUUUGACAACACGACCGACCUAGAUGGAGGCUCAAAAAGUGACUUGCUUGAAAAUGCAUCCAGUGGACCUAGUUUACCAAAGAGAAACCGCAAUUCAUUUCCUAAAGAAAACAUUCAAGAUCCAAAGUACUUCAAACCUUUCAAAUUUGGUUGGAGGCGUGAGCUUGUUUGGAAGUCCACUCCUACCGAUACUAGGAAGAAGGGCAGUAUUUAUUAUUACACCCCAACGGGAAAGAAAGUUCGGACAUUCCGAGAACUUUCCGAUCAUUUGACUGGCAAAAAUCUGACGCUGGAUAAUUUCUCGUUCAGUAAAGAGUUAUUGGGUAUUGAUGACCCAUUGAAAGAACUUUCUAGGGAGUCCAAUUGUGACAAAUCAGACAGUGGCUCCGGCUCUGAAUCGCCGCCGCCUCCGAGUAAAAAAUCCAAGAAGGUGGUGAGUCCGAAAAGCUACGAUUCUGACACGUCUAAGUCAGAUGCAAAGAGUUCCACCUCAAAUAGGCGAAGAGCUGCAAUUUCUAUUCUAAAUCAAACUAGUGAACAAUCAGAACCUGAAGCGGAAACCUCAACUAGGAAGGCCGGAAAAAUGUCUCUGAGAAAGGGAAGAGCUCCGCCAGCCAAGAAGGCUCGAUUGGCUAAAAACGAAGAAGCUAAUGAAAUUGAAACUUCAGCAUCCGCUGUGAGGUCUAGUCCGCGGAAGACGAGCAAGCCAUGUUCCAUUGGGUGCGAGGGUGUUCAAGACAUUAUUCCGACGCUGCAAUGCAGGAUCUGUCUUUGCUUGUAUCAUCACGAAUGUGUGGGGUUGAACCCUAGCAUCACAUAUCCUUACGUGUGCAAGAACUGUGAAGACGGCGUGCAGGCUGUCAAUGGCUCUUCUACAGCUAAAGUUUUACCUCCUCCACUUCUCAGCCCUAUAAAGGAUCCUAAAUCCAUCAGCUCUUCUGCAGGCAAGUCGUUACCUAAACUGCAGCGCAUUUCACGGCUCGAAUCUGCUGACCCAAUACAAAGUGCGCCGUUAGACGAAGGCAGGAAUGGUUUAGGUGAACGAACUGGAAUGGAAGUACCGCAUAACUUGCAGCAAUCUCCGGAUGCCACAGCUAAGUGCCAAUCGCUGGUUGGUGCAGUAACCUCGUGGCUGCCCCAUAAUGUUAAAAUCGUUGACAAUCCUGAAGCCACUGAAGCGCCCCGUCCGCAAUAUGUGGAAUAUCUAGCAGGCAGAAAGUUUUUAGUAAUUCCCAAACAUAACUUUAUGUCGGUGUCUGGAUCUUCGACCUCACGAGCCCCAGAUACGGUGCAACCGACCGAAGUUCCAGUUUCUUCAGGCCAUAAUACUUCGGAAAGGGUGUUAUCUGUUUCUAAAAACACAUCAGCCGGUGUUAAUGAGGAAGUUUACGAGGUCAAAGAUGAACCUUUGUCCCCAUUGAAACCGCCAGAGGAAGAAGUGAUUCAGACUGCUGCUGCAGAAUGCAAUGGGGAGGAGAAUAUCAGGCAGGAUACGCAGGAAUCUAGCAAGGAAAAGGCAAAUGUGGACAAUGACGAGACUAGCCAAAGGAGCGGAAACCUGAAGGUCACCAGCAUAACGAACACAAACGCCAAUGGCCCGGAUGAAAAACACGAGGCAAAAUUCAUGGAAAACUACAUGCAAAAUAUUUCAUUCGGCUACAACACUCUACUUCAUGUGUUCCAGUAUUUGAAAGUACAGGACCUUCUACGAGCUGGGUGUGUGUGUUCGAUGUGGAGGGACAUUGCGGGCAGCCCUAUGCUUUGGAGAACCAUUCGAAUGAAGAACUCCCAAGUGCACAGCUUUGUCGGCCUGGCCAAUGCCUUGAAAAAACACGGAACAGUGCAUUUAGAUUUGAGAAAAAUGCUGCUACCCAGCACUGGUGAUGAUAUUUGGCCCGAAUUUUCCAAAGCAAUAACUGGUGUCGAUACUUUAAGAAAAAUUGAAUUGUGCAGAUGUCCUGCGAGUGUCGUCGAAGAACUAACCAAAUCCAACCCACACUUGGAAGUAAUAAAUGCUGUGACAAUAAAAUGCGAGUCGCUCAAUCUUGACUCAUUCAAUGCCCUGAAGUGCGUCAAAGAAUUGAGGCUGAAAUCGACUUGCGGAUUGAGUAUAAAGUCGAUCGACUCCCUAAGAGAGCUGAAAACAUUGAAAAUAUUAUCGCUCACAUCGGUGACCGACCUGCACAAACUGGACUUGAGCGUCCUGGCUGAACUGGUUAAUCUGGAGUGGUUGGAUUUGGGCGAGUGCACAGACUUUCCGAAGAAUUUUGGUUCCGAUAUUCUCCUCAAAUUAAAUCGGCUCGAGAAGCUUCGAUUGGAAAAGGGCCAAGGCAGUUGCCACACUUUUGAAAUAUUGGAAGCUGUGAAGGACAUGGAACGGUUGGAGCAAUUGGAGCUGGUUAAUUUCGAUGUCAAAACCGGAUUCGACAAAGCCAUUGGUUUAUGCACCAACAUAAAGAAGCUGAUGAUAAUUCCCACAUACAUUUCGCAGAGUGCGACAACAAACAAUAUGGUUUUGUCCGGUGUUUUGCAGUUGCAUGAGAGUUUGAGUCACUUUGUCUGGGGCGUCACGUUGGAGCUGUUGAGAGUUACGGAACUGUUCGUUGACCAGUGCGAAGACUCCAAUAAAAAGGAGAAAAAACCAGGCGGAAAUGGUGACUGUAUUCCGGUUUUAAAGCCCGUACCUGAUAUAUCCAACGGCCGAUCGAUUCAAGCGGCUAGCAAUCCUCCCCAAGUGGAAAUUCUUCCCUUGCCCAAUUUGCAAAAAUUGCUAUUGAAUAGUUUGCCCACCACGCGAGUGAAAAUCCUUAAGAUACCGUUCCACGCUACAUGGAGACAAACUCUGUCCGAUACGGUUUAGUGGUGGUUUUUUUAAAUCAAUUUUCGGGGUAGUAAACCGUUACUUGGCCCCCACUAGUUUUUCGUUUGACCUCAGGUGUUCAGCACCGCGUUUGCAGCAAAUUAAAUGAAUUGACGGUAAUCAGGAAGUAUUGUAAAUUACAUUUUCGAGCUGUAUAUAAUUGUUUGUAUAAUUAUCGGGUAAAUUUUAGUUUUAUCCGUAAUGUCCCAAAUUUACGGUUUAAAAUGUUUUCUUUGUUGAGUAGGUGUUUUAAUAGAUAUUUUCUAAUACUUA